GAGUAUACCUCCCCUCCAGUUUCUUCAUUCUUUUCGUCAAUGCUAGUUUAGCUCAUUUUCAUAUUAGCCCCUCUAGUUCAUCUAAAUUCUACCACGCUGGUUAUGUCCGUUCACCGAGAAACUGAGAGCCACCUCUCUGUGCCUGCUCUCAGCUUCCCUCGCCCCAGAUUCUUCCGCUACCGCCGAAUCAGGUAACCCGAAAAAAAAUCAACAAAAAAAUCUACACUUACAUAUAGAUUUAUUAGAGAUAUUCAUACGAGACUAUAAUGCCUUCUCCGAGAAGUCACCGGAAAGGUUCUGACGAGAAGAAUCGAAAAGGAAAGUUAUCCGAGAAAUCCAUGUCGUUUCACGGACAGAGUUCAGAGAGCACGACGGAGCUGCUGCGAAGGCCUCGAACAGUACCGGAUUUGCUAUCCGCCAGUAGGCUUGCUGCCGGAACGUCGCCCGAAGUGAAGGACCGGCUGAAGUUGACGAAGUUAUUGCUGAACGUGACAAUUCAGAGGAGUCUCGGUCCUGUACAUGUUUUAAUAUCGGUAGAAUCGACGGUUCAGGACCUUAUCGCCGCCACUAUCCGACAGUACACGAAGGAAGGACGGCGGCCGGUACUUACCUCCGGCAAUCCUGCCGAUUACGAUCUUCAUUACUCGCAGUUUAGUUUAGAAAGUUUGGACAGGGAGGAGAAGCUGAUGGGAUUAGGUUCAAGGAAUUUCUUUUUGUGCCCAAAAAAGUCAAAUGCUGUGGAAGGUGCCGUAAUGACGUCGUCUUCUAGCUGUGCAAAGCAAGCUGAUACAGCUACUGUUACGAAGAUAACCUUGCCUUGGCUCAAAUUCAUGGAUUUCUUGCUGUGAGAAAAAAUUCACAGCCUGGAUUAAUAGUAUUUUUUUUUAAUUAGGGCAGCUCGAUGUAGUUUGGCACUAGAAGUUCGAGAUUAUUGUAUAGAUCAUAUUAUACUAUAGGUUAAAGUUAGGGAGGUGAUUAAUUAAUAUUUAAGACCACCUCAAAAUUUAGAAUAACUUUUACCUAUUGGAUUUAAAAUCUUUGUAGAGUAAUAUAGAUUUAUUUAUGUUCCUUGGGACUGUCUUUUAUAUGUUUGCACGUUAUACACUUAUUUAAGGUCAAUUAUUUUCCUUUC